GCCACACAAGUGUCUCUGCGUAUGUAUCUAUUUGUAUCCCUCUUACAUAUAUUUUCUUUGAAGCUCUCUCUCUCUAUCCAUCUGACCACGUGAGAUGUGACUUACAUGGCUAUUCUCGCAUGUGAAACCUGUUGAAUUCUCUUUAUCCUGUUUAUAGAGAUCCAAUCUCAUAUCAGAAAUCUGAAAACAAUUAAAGGAAAAAUUCUGACUGUUCAAAAUAUCAUUACUACUUGUUAAGGAGCCUCCUGGAAGUAAAAAAAAAAAAACAUUGUUCUUGAUGGAUAAAGAUAAGUCUUCUAAUCAUGGCACUGGGAGUUUACUGCCUCCAUCAGGGAGGUUCUCUGUUUUUUCUCCACCCGGUAUUGGUUAUAAUGCAAAGUCUGAGCAAAUGGGAUCAUCAAAUUUGCCUCCACUAUGCCCGGGGAAUUCAUCAGAGCAGGGUCAUUUUGGUCAUGGGAUGCAGUUAGAUGAUUUAAGCCGAAUGCCCGAUAACCCACCUAGGAAUUUGGGACACCGUCGUGCUCAUUCAGAGAUUCUUACCCUUCCUGACGAUAUUAGCUUUGAUAGUGAUCUUGGUGUUGUUGGAGAAUUUGAUGGGCCAUCAUUGUCUGAUGAGACCCAAGAAGACCUGUUAUCAAUGUAUCUUGACAUGGAUAAGUUCAAUUCAACAUCUGGCACUUCUUCAGUCCAAGUGGGUGAAUCAUCUAACUUGCCAGUGGCGAAGUCCAGUCCUUCAGCCAACCCUUCAACUGAUAAUGUCGCUCUGGCUGUAAGCGAGAAGCCAAGAGUUAGGCAUCAGCAUAGCCAAUCCAUAGACGGGUCUAUCAAGCCAGAGAUGCUCAUGUCGGGUUCGGAAGAGCAGUCUCUAGGUGAGUCAAAGAAAGCUGUAUCUGCAGCUAAGCUUGCUGAGCUUGCUCUUGUAGAUCCAAAACGAGCUAAGAGGAUUUGGGCUAAUAGGCAAUCAGCUGCUCGGUCAAAGGAAAGGAAGAUGAGGUACAUUGCCGAGCUUGAAAGGAAAGUCCAUACUCUUCAGACAGAAGCUACUUCCUUGUCUGCACAGUUGACCUUGUUGCAGAGGGAUACAAACGGUCUUACAAAUGAAAACAGUGAACUAAAAGUGCGAUUGCAAUCAAUGGAACAACAAGUGCACUUGCAAGAUGCAUUAAAUGAAGCGCUGAAAGAAGAGAUCCAGCAUCUGAAAGUGCUGACUGGUCAAGCAAUGCCAAACGGUGGACCUAUGUUGACUUUUCCUGCAUCCUAUGGAGCCAACCAACAGUAUCAUCCCGGCAAUCAUGCUAUGCACACCAUGUUGACUGCUCAACAAUUACAGCAGCUCCAGAUUCAUUCUCAGAAACAGCAGCAUCAACUACUUCAGCAGCAACAGUUGCAGCACCAGCAGGAACAAGCCAGGGACUCAAAGCUUAGAGUUUCGAUGCUUACGCAUAUUCAAAAAGACCUCUCUCCAGAUGCAUCAUCAAAGGAUUAGAAGUUGAAAUGGGCGUGUUGGAUACUGGGAGGUUAGUGUAUGUCAGGAAUCUCGCUGGUUGUUAUAUAUCUUAGGUUUGCUCUUUUGGUUAGUCCUCCUUUUAGGUCCGAACUAAGGAUAUUACUCUCUAGGCAGUCUAUUGAAUUUUAGUUGGUUAACUUGUGAAGGUUUUUAUUUUUAUUAUUGUCAUCUAGACUUCAGUUUCUUAGUUUAUUCACAAUUUCAUUUAUUAGUUGACUCAUUUUGAUUA